ACCCAGCCACAUUCAUUCAUUCGUAUUCACAGCAUCAGAAGUGAGAGUUAGCAGCACAAUGGCUAGGCACUGACCUCCAGGAGGGAGUCACUUCUUUUACCAAGAGCACCAUGACAAGCUGAAUUGUGGACGGCGCAAAAAGAUGGCCCAUCUUGCGCGCACACAGCAUGUGCAUCCGGUUGACAUCAUAGCAUGAAACCAGGACACGUACAAGCCAUUUUGUCUGUGUUUGCUGGCAGUCAUGGAGUCUUCUUUUGCCUUCUGGUCACAACUGAGAACCUUGCCUCUCAUAUGACUGGACAGGAACCUGGUCUUGCUGUUACUCCUGUGUCUGCAACGUCACCAGAAGAAGCCAGCAACACAGUCAACGACCCCGCAGACGAGCUGAGCUGAGCAAGGGCAGCAGCGUUCCAGGUACAUCAGGGUAGGAAAGAAACAAUCCCAUUUC